AUGAUUGCAAAUACCAGUAAUUUGUUUUAUUUCAUUUUCCUGAAUUGCCUCCACUUUAGAAUUAAUUUCCAUUUCGGUUCAGUAAGCUGGGUUGUGAAGGGUGAACUGACGAUGUUUAUUCAGCGAUUUUUAAAAAGAAAACGCCAAUUUCACCACAUUUUAGAUGGAUACAUUUUUAUAAUGUUGUUGAGAAAACUUCUAGGUGCAUCGUUUUUCUCUUUAAUGUGGUCUCGUGAUAAAGUGGUUGCGACAUUUAGCUACCUCGGGUUCGUUUCCUUCAAUGUAUGGUACUCUUUGUAUUUCUGGUCUAUGUAUAACGUUUUCAUUGCCGAUCAAACGAUUCUUCGAAUUCUAUUUGAAACCAAAAUAAGGCAGUACGGGGAUUUGGUGGAAAAUAUUGUGAUAACUGCCUAUGUCGUGUACACAAUGUGGAAGAUUUCAUAUGACUUAAGCGGAUCGACUGAACACAUCAAGCAGAUUAUGGAGAUCGACGCUGAGAUCGAGAAAUUGGGUGAAAGGAUAGAUUAUUCAAAAAGUGCGACCCUAUCUUUAUUCGUUCUGAUUUCGCAUUUUGUCGUCUGCUUCAUUCGUGUAUUCGUUGUAUGCAUCUCCAUGGGCAACAGAAAGGCAUCUCUUCAUUACAGUAAACUUUUCCAAAUAACAUUUUCUGAUUCUCUGUCUUUUACAGUGACAAAUUAUUUUUGCACGUAUCUCUACGCGCUACGGGAUAGAUAUAAAAGAAUUAAUCGGGUCCUUAAGGGCUUAGGAACACGCUCGGACAAAGAUCUGUUCGUUCGUAAUAAAAACCUAAUAAAUGUGUAUAGGAUGGAAGAUAGACAUGUUUGUAAGAAGAUAAAUGCUUGUGGGAAAGUAUACAGUAUGCUGUUUAAAGCGUCGGAAACCGCGAAUGACAAAUUCGGUUUUGCAUUGCUCCUGACUAUGUUUGUGUGGUUGAUACUGACUGUAUUAUAUCUUUACUAUUUUAUGGAAGCCACCGCUGCCGGACUGUUUCACGACGUUCAAAGAUACAUUAACUUCUUAGUUUAUGUGUCUUGGCAGAUCAUUUUCGCCGUAGCCAUUAUUUCAUCUGCUAUUUAUUUUUGUGAAAAUAUUGUGAAGGAGGCUAAACUUACAUCAUACUUGGUACAUACAAUCAUCAGUGACACUUGGGAUAUGUCUGUUAAAGAAGAGGCUUUACGUCUGUCGAUUCAAAUUGUUCAUCAAACGCCUAAAUUCACAGCACGGGGUCUGUUUAUCGUGGAGUAUGAACUUUUGUUAGAGGGAGCCCGCUCUGUUUUGACCUUUCUUGUGAUAUUAUUACAAUUCGUUACUCAAAAGAAUUAGGGGAAGGAGCUGGCGAAAGAACUUUUAAAAUGUUUAGUAUUGUGAGCUGAAUAAAAAAUAUACAAAAUCUGUUUAUCGAGUAUUAUUCAGCUGAUAUUAAACUUACCUACGUACGGAAAAAGGCAAAUAGAGCUUUAUUUUUUCUUUCCUACUAGUUGGUUGUUCGUUGGUUGUAUAGGACUGGCGAAGUUAUCAUUGAAUACCAU